UACGCCAGCUGCACCGUCGCGAGUUACCGACAAGUGGAGUGUAUUGUUGUAAACCGGUAACGGGGCGUCCCGCGGAGGGCUUGCCUUCGCAGUACGAGCAUAUAUAAAGAAACGAAGAUGACAGACUACUGAACACGGUGGAAAAAUGCUUCUCUUGACUUUGCUCCUGUCGUUAACGGUGACCGGCGAUGCUGCGACUGACCUUUACGUGACAGGAGCAUCGCUCCCACCGGAGCUGGUGGUCGGUGCCUCACCUCCCGUUACAUCUCCCGCCGCCUCCCGUUAUACUCCACAAGAGGACGGGCACCCAGUGUUCGCGCUCGCCCGGUCCGUGGAGGAGCCGUCGUCCACGAACACUGAGGACGGGGAGUCUUCUCAUCACCACGGAGGGGGUUACAACAUAGUGCAGUGGGAAUGGAGCUACGUGCAGACACCCUACAUCAUAGCCAGCUGGCUUUUGGUUGCCAGUGUGGCCAAAAUACUGUUCCAUUUCUCUCAGCGUUUCACCACAGCUGUCCCAGAGAGCUGUAUGUUGAUUCUGCUGGGUCUGAUUCUGGGUGCAGUGGUCCUCAUCGCCAGCAAGAAGCAGCCGUACCAACUGGACCCGGGCCUGUUCUUCCUCUUUCUCCUGCCAACUAUUGUGGGGGAUGCAGGGUAUUUUAUGCCAGCACGGCUCUUCUUUGACAACCUGGGUGCCAUUUUGAUGUACGCUGUGGUGGGCACAUUGUGGAAUGCCUUCUGCACUGGAUUCUGUCUCUAUGGAGUUAAGAUGGCUGGAGCAAUAGAUGAAAAAGUGGAGGGAGGUUUGAUGGAGUUUCUGUUGUUUGGAGCUCUGAUCUCAGCUGUGGAUCCUGUAGCAGUGUUGGCUGUGUUUGAAGAAGUCCAUGUGAAUGAGACGCUCUUUAUCAUUGUUUUUGGCGAGUCACUUCUCAAUGAUGCUGUGACUGUGGUGUUGUAUAAAGUAUACAUAUCUUUUGUGGAAGUGGGACCAGGGAAUGUUCAUACUGCAGACUAUUUCAAAGGAAUCGUAUCAUUCCUCAUUGUCAGUAUUGGAGGAACUUUGGUGGGUCUCAUCUUUGCUGUUAUUUUGGCCUUCAUCACUCGUUUUACCAAGAAGGUUCGCAUCAUAGAGCCGCUGUUUGUCUUCCUGUUGGUUUACCUGGCCUACCUGACGGCAGAACUGUUUUCUCUCUCUGCCAUUCUUUCAAUGACAUUCUGUGGCAUUGGCUGCAACAAAUAUGUGGAGGCCAAUAUAUCCCAGAAGUCCCGGACCACUGUGAAGUACACCAUGAAAACUUUGGCCAGCAUUGCUGAGACAAUCAUCUUCAUCUUUUUGGGCAUCUCAGCCGUAGACAAAUCUAAAUGGGCCUGGGACACUGGACUUAUUGUCAGCACUCUCAUCUUUAUCUUACUCUUUCGGGCAAUAGGUGUCAUAGGGCAGACCUGGUUCCUGAACUGGUUCAGACUGGUUCCCCUGGACAAGAUUGAUCAAGUGGUGAUGUCAUAAGGCGGCCUGCGAGGCGCUGUGGCUUUUGCUCUGGUGGUGCUGUUAGACAAAGAACACGUGAAGGCAAAAGAUUAUUUUGUGGCAACGACCAUAAUUGUGGUUUUCUUCACUGUCAUGUUUCAGGGUUUAACCAUCAAGCCUUUAGUGAAAUGGUUGAAAGUGCCACGCAGCACAAACAGAAAACCCACCAUUAAUGAAGAGAUCCACGAGCGUGCCUUUGACCACAUUCUGACAGCUGUUGAGGACAUCGCUGGUCUAAAUGGCUACCAUCACUGGAGGGACAAGUGGGAGCAGUUUGACAAGAACUAUUUGAGCAAGUUGCUGUUGAGAAAGUCUGUGUACCAUAAGAGUGAGCUGUGGGAAGCAUAUCAGAAAAUCAACAUCAGAGAUGCCAUCAGUGUCAUUGAUCAGGGUGGGAAUGUGUUGACCUCUGCUAGACUCUCUCUGCCUUCCAUGGCUAGCAGAACCUCUUUCCCAGAGGUCACAAAUGUUACCAACUAUCUGAGAGAGAAUGGCAGUGGGGUGUGUCUAGACCUCCAGGUGAUUGACACAGUGCCUGGAGCCAAGAUAGAGGAGGAGUUAGAAACGCAUCACGUACUCGCAGGAAACCUCUACAAACCCAGGAGACGGUACCAGUCCCACUACAGUCGGCACUUUAUGACGGUCGGGGACAAGGAGAGGCAGGACAGGGAGGUGUUACAGAGGAAUAUGCGUAACCGUCUUGAGUCCUUCAAAUCCACUCACUACAAGCGCCAUAAGAAGGACCGCAGUCAGAAAAAGAGAAAAGGGUCAGAUGCUAAAGAGCAAGACACCAGCGAUAAACCCAGACGUAAUGUCAGCUGGCAGGACAAAGAUACAGUUGUAGUUCCAAUGGGGCCCGAGGACGACCAACACGAUGCCUCUGAACCAGAUAGAGAUGAGGAUGUGGGUAUAACUUUUGUGGCACGCAGGGCCCCAGAAACACCAAAGGAGAGGCCGAAAUCAGUACCAGCUGCUUUGGAUGUGUGUCAGAGCCCAGUCGCAGCCCCUCCUUCUCCUACAUGCGGAGAGAAAAACCUGCCAUGGAAAAGCGGUGUUGGUUCCCUCCCUCCGUGCGUGUCUGUGGAGGCCACAAAGAUUAUCCCUGUAGACCUGCAGCAGGCCUGGAAUCAGAGCAUCUCCUCUCUGGAGAGUCUGGCUUCUCCUCCUGCUCCUCCUGAGCCUCAGCACCCACGUGUUAGUGCCCUAUCGAGGCUGGGAGGACCCAUGUGGACCCCUGCAAAGGCAAAAAGUGGUUCAGGAUCGGGAAGUAAUGCAACAGCCUCAAGUUCAUGGCAAUUCCAGUUCCCUGUGAGGAAGGAGGAAGAAGAAGAAGGUGCAAUAUCUCAGCAGCAGCAGGAAAUACAGCCGCUAAUGGCAUCUUUAAGACCUCCACCGCCUGCUGCUCAAGCUACUGGAAAGAGACGGAAUCCUUGCGUUUAUCUUAGGAGUCUGGUGACAGUGCCACCUUCUGGUGGGAAACCACACAGCAGGAAGCCUACUCAACUGUAAAAUCUCUUUCCUAAAGUUUUUUAUGUGUAGGGCCUUCAAUCACCUUACCAUUAGAGCCUCAGGUCAGAUUUUUUGUCACUAAAUCUUUUUAAGAAACUGUUUUUUUUUUAGCAUUAAUAGGUUUAGUGGGGUUAGAAAUGGUUUGCAGAGUUUGCUAACUAUGCGUCCACUUCUUCGCAGUUAGGAAAAACAUUCAAUUUUCAAUGUUUGUUUUUAUUUUGAAGCGCUCUGUCCUGUAUUAUAUACCUCUGUAUUAGUACAUUUCAAAAUGUAUAAACCUUUUGUACAUAUAUAAGGCUGAACCACAUUCCAAAGACGUUUUGGGUGUGUCUAUAAAAACAGUGUUUUCAUGUCCUCCCUCACUCAGUGAACAUCACUUUAUGAUUACUCUUAAAUAGGAAUGCAUGUUCUUUCUGCACCAAACAGAAGUACAACCUGUUUGUGGGUUUCAAAUAAGCUAAACAUAACUUCAGCUAGGGUGGGAUCUGUUCGUCUGAUCAAUGGCAGAUGGAUAUGCUUAUAAACCAUAAAUGCAGUUUUGUUGGUAAAGCUACAUACACACAAAAUACACAACUGUCCUUUUAUUUCACAGCUUUUCAUUUUCAAAUCAGCCAGUGCACAAAAUAAAUUUCAAUAAAAGACAUGUAACGCAUUCUCUUGCAGCUCAUUACAGAAAGCACAUGGGUCACACAAUAAAUCUUAAAGUCUGUCAUAACAUCUAUAUUGAUUUUUACAUUAUUAUGAGUGAUUAUGAUAGCUCUCAAAGGUUUUAAAUAUGCAUAACAAGUCCACAUCCACUACAGUGAUGGAUAUAAAACGUUAGAUGAAAAAUAAUUUAGGAUGAUUGCUACCGUGAGCAUUUAUGCUGUGAACAGAAUCUACCAGCUUCUAUGCAGCACAUUGUACCUGUUGUCUGUUGUUGCGUUUCCGCAAAAUAGCAUUGUCUUCAAAAUGUGUUUUUAUUUAUUCAUGUAUGCUCCCACUUGCCUUUUAUUGAUAUGUUUGUUGAAUAGCAGUUUUUUGUACAUUAUUCUACAAAGACACAAAUAACCAAAGUUAAUUGAUUUAUUUUAUUUGAUAUAUUACAUAAUCUUCAUUCUAUAUGUGGCACUAUAUUUAUCAUCAUGAAUAUAAUCAUUAAUUUCUAAUCAAUGAGCUUUCAUGUGCUUUAUCAGUAGUAGGGCUGGAAUACUUUCACUGUAUAAAUCUGUGACCCUCAUCAUGCUGUAGGUCAGAGUCUGAUGUGCUGUAAAAUAUCUACAUCUUUUACAGAAUGCAUUUUUCCAUGUAUUCUUAUUGCACUUUUUUCGUUUCUCGAAUGAAUUCCAAUGGUCGUUUCUUAGAUAACUGUGUCUUCAUUUUUAUGGCUGCUGAUAUACUGUAUCUUAAAUUAAUAUUAAAAAUACAGAAUUUAGGGUUGACACCUUACAUUAAAAGCCAUUUAGCCCAAAAUGGACCUAUGAUGUUUAAGCUACUAACCCUUUAUUUUGUAUUGCUGUGUUAUUGUCUAUAUGUGGAUUGUUGUGCCUUUGAAUGAAACAGUGCUACAUGUUGAACCUGUAAACAGUAUGAAGUGAUUACAUUGUCUUAUUUGAACUUGUCAUGUUAGAAGGAAUGUUGAAUGAAGGAAAUUAUAUUUCAAUUAAAUUAUU